AUGUCGGUUCGCGUGCAGCAUCCUGCUCCCGACUUCAAGGGCACUGCCGUCGUCGAUGGUGCUUUCGAGGAGAUCUCCCUCAAGGACUAUGCCGGUCAGUGGUUGAUCCUCGGCUUCAUCCCGAUGGCCUGGACUUUCGUCUGCCCCACCGAAAUCAUCGCCUUCUCCGAUGCUGCCAAGCAGUUCGCCGACCGCGACGCCAAGGUCGUCUUCGCUUCCGUCGACUCCGAGUAUAGUUUGCUCUCGUGGGCGUCCACUGCCCGCAAGGACGGCGGUCUCGGCAAGGUCGACAUCCCGUUGCUGUCCGACAAGAACCACAAGAUCUCGCGCGCCUACGGUGUUCUGAUCGAGGAGGAGGGAAUUGCCCUGCGCGGUCUGUUCAUCAUCGACCCCAAGGGUGUCGUUCGUCAGAUUACCAUCAAUGACCUCCCUGUCGGUCGUUCUGUCGACGAGACCAUGCGCCUCAUCGAUGCCUUCCAGUUCACCGAGAAGUACGGUGAGGUCUGCCCCGCCAACUGGAGCCAGGGUGGCGAGACCAUCAAGGCCGAUCCCAAAAACUCGAAGGAGUACUUCAGCAAGGUGUUCGGUUAG